AUGUGCUUAAGUGAGAGCACCUUGACAUCACCUCCCAGCUCAUUGUUAAAUGCAAUGAAGCUAUCUCCACGUGGUACUUCCUCAUCAAAUUGGCGCCUAAGAAUAGGAUCCUCAUUUGUAAACAGUGGUGGUUCUGUUUACACUGUCUCCAAUCUGAUAUAUCAUCCAGGUUUCCAGAUAUACGUCCAAAAUAACGUUGGUAUAUUCAGAUUAUCGUCUCGAAUAGUUUUUGGUAACAAUGUACAGCCUGGAAGAUUUGCGAGCGCUAACUAUAUAGUAGCUGACAAUCAACCCGUUUGGACUUACGGGUGGGGCGCUACAUCUAAUAAUGGCCCCAUCUCAAAUCAACUGAGACAUGUCCAAAUCUAUACAGUGAAUCAAGAAAUUUGCAGGAGUAACUAUAACAUACUUUCCAUGCGUGUCACUGAAACUGAAAUGUGCGCGGGCAAUUUGGAGCAAGGUGGUCGAGAUCCUUGCCAAGGCGAUUUCGGUGGUGCAUUACUUCAUAAUGGCAAUGUCGUUGGUAUUUCGUCUUGGGGUCAUGUAUGUGGCUCACGACGUUAUCCAGCUGUUUAUACUCGUGUACCUAGAUUCAUCGAUUGGAUUGUGGCUAAUGCAUAAAAAAUACACUACUGUGUAGAUUACUACAGAACAUACAAGAGAAAAUCUGCAUGAAUUAAAUGGAUAAAUGUUUAAUUUGACUUUUGUUAAAAGCACUUGUUUAUUAAAUUCAAUUAUUCUAA